ACAUGUGUUUUUAAAAUAAUCUAUGUUAAAUAUUAUGGCAAUACUGAUUGGGAAGAGGACAAUUACAACGAGCGAGGCUUGGUAUAGGGGAGAUAACCCUGGGUUAUGGUUAGGUUAGGUUAGGGUUAGGGGUCGGGUUAGGGUUAAGGUAUGGGUUAAGGCUUACCCUAACCCAAAUCCGACCCCUAACUCUAACCCUAACCCUUACCCUAACCCUCUAACCCCCAUGCGCAUUACAAUACCAUGCCUCGCUCGUUGUCGUUGUCCGCUUCCCAUACUGAUUACGUAUAACUUAAACGUAUGCUUUAUAGUGUGGUAGUGGGGUUCUGUAGUGCUUUAAAUCGAAAACUGGUAUUAGGCGCAUAGAGAUUAGAACGCCUGCCGACACCGACUGUGAGCCAAGAGCACGUGACCAGAGAUGAGAUCCGCGCUGCUACUGUUUGCCUUGGGCGGCCUAUUAUCAGCUAAAGUUGGAGCUCAGUGUAAUGGUUCCCCGCUGAACCUUGCGGCGAACGGAAGUAAGCAGACGUUCACGUCACCCAACUACCCUAACAGCUACCCAAACAACGCGUACUGCGAGUGGUUGAUCGUUGCCCAGAACGAGACGGACGCUGUUCGCGUUGACGUCACGAAGAUGGACAUCGAGUACCACGCGGAUUGUGUUUACGACGCUGGGGAGGUCUUUGACGGUAACAACGCGACGGUGUCGCCGACCCUUGGUAAGUUUUGCGGCUCGACUCGCAAGAAUUUCGUGAGCACUCGCAACUGGCUGCUUGUGAACUUCAAGUCGGACUACAGCCAGCCCUUAAAGGGUUUUACUGCAACCUUCCGUUCAGGCAAAAGAGAUACACUGAUAGACAAAGAUGUCGUUGCGGAUUCACCCAACUUAAUACCGUACAUGGCUGCCUUUGCAGGCGGUUUCGUCUUUUUUCUCGUCGUGAUUGGAGUCACGUGCUCCGUGUACAAGGCGCACACGCGGCGCCGCCGAGAGAGGAGUGUGUUACUCGUCGCUCCGUACACCAAUCGGGACGCCUGGAAUGUCCUCGAUGCGCCCGCACCGCCGGCAUACGGGGAGGCCUUUUCAUCGGCGCUGUCGCCGCCACCGGAGUACUCGGCAGAAGAUCCGAAUCCAAACCCUACCGAACCUCUUCCGCCUAGAGCAGCGUUUAUCGCCGACGGGUUUGGACACCACCACCACCAUCAUCAUCAUCACCACCACCACCACCGCAUCAGUAUUGUCACUGGCUUUCAAGUGGAUGCGCAAGAUAGUAACCAUAUCAGUAUGAGUGCUAAUACCAUAUCUGUUCAGAGAGCACCGGGAACUAAUAUCCCGCCACAGCAUCAUUCUCAAACCAAUACAUUAGGUCCUACGAACAGGGUAUCUCCUUCCAGUAAUCUGACAGUUACUUCUAUUGGGAACACUGGCCGCGCGGUGGAGCCGCAUGCUACCCUGGACGCUAGAGUGCCGAGAAACGUCGCGAGACUUUCCAGGCGAACCAGUCGGCCAUCGCGCGUCAGCCAGCCUCAGGUACCGCCCGCUCACACUCAUAAUAGCGGAACAGGUACUUUUGGUCACCAGGCACAAUCUAGAACAACCGAGGACCAACCAUCCCGAGUAAUACCAACCAUACAGAAUGGCCCACCCGGGAAUGCUAACAACGAGGUAUCCGCAAUAAAUAGGUCCACGUCACAAUUGUCCCUACCGGAACCGGAAGUGGCCGAUACUUCGUCUGACUCUGACUCUGAUUUCUGAAUAAUAAUAAUACUAAUAAUAAUAACAAUCUCUUUAUUUUCUGAAGGUAACUCAUUAAGACAACACAUUGAUACAAAGCCAUGCAAACAGUUUAACAAUGGCAAUCUUAUUUUCAAUUAGGCCUUCAAACAACUAUGAUAUGUAUGAUGCAUUUCUUCAUUAUCAUGCAAACAUGCAGACUUUGACGGACAUAAGUGUACUAUAACAGUGUUAUAGAAGUGUCAUAAAAAGCAACUCUAUUACAUGACAUCUCUUAUAUUAUUAAUUUCCCUUUCAAUAUUGAAAUGGGUUUUUUUUAUGAAAACAUAGACAACUUGCUAUAUAACCUUGCUCGUUUCAUAUUACUUAAUAAAAAAUAUUGGGAUGAUGGGUACGAAUAAUUUUAUUAAUGAUAUUCAAUUUUUCUAAAGGAACGGUCUCUUUAGACAGUGGUCUAUCGUUCUAUUAUUAAUACAUUUCUAGUUUUUGACACUUGAAAUGCUCACAAUUUUUAUUCUGUAUAUGUGUGUAGGAGGAUUUAAUCCUGCGAUUAAUUCAAUAAUUUAGAAUGAAUACCGAGUAUGCCAUCUUCAUGCCAAGCCAUAUGCAAUAAAAAUGUGUUUUCCAACCCGACAAUAAAACGUGUAUUGUUAUCACCGUUAUUUUGAUCAGUCUACUUGUAUUAAUUUGUCAAGUUCUUAUAAUAUUUACAUUCUAAAAAUCUUGUUAUAGAUAUUUCAUACAAUCACUUCAUAUCUACAUUCUUAACUGUAUUCGUAUACGAAUAAAAUAUUAAAAGAGUAAGUGGUAACUGUGUCUGAUCUUAUUUCGUUAUAAAUAUAGCAGCUAACUAUAUAUGUAAUUUAUUAAUAGCACUAUAACAGCGCUGUGAUUUGACUGGUUCCGAGCUUUGCUCGUAUCAAUUCCAUGCGGCAAAGUCGUCUGUUAGAUAUGUCGAUGUUUGUUCAAAGUAAAUGAAUUAAGAUGUCACAACUGUGCACCAGACAUUCCACACAGUCCCGCAAUAAUACAUAGUGUGAUCGCACAGCUUUUUUAUAUGAUCAAACUAACUGGAGUUCACAGCCGUGCCAAGGAUGUUUAACAUGAGUCCACACGUUUAGAUUAAUUCGAUUGAACGACAGUUUCGCAUAUGUUUCAUGAAAAUUAAAUCUUGCAUAAUGCAUACUAGUAUAUCGCACAGCUGUGUAGCAAAUGUUUGCAAGAAGUUCACAGUAAUAUACUAUGUUAACCAAGCAGCUGCGUAGCAGCCUCCCACCAAUUUCCGCAAUACCUCAUAGUCAAAUCGCAAAGCUGUUUCUAAAAUGUUUCAAAAAAUGUCAUAAAUAUAUCAUUUUAUGUUAUGCUUUCCGAUGGUUUAUAGAUAAAUAAAAAUCAGUGAUAGUUCACUGUUUCAAACAGUGAAAAAUAACAGUGAAAAUAUUCGAUAAUUGUCAUUGUUUUACCGGAAUGAUUUUUAGAUAUCGUUGGUUUCCCCAUCGUGAUCCCCGAUUGUACCAAGGGCGACCACUCUGCAUUGAAUGUUUAAAACAUCAUACGGAUUAGCUUCAUUUGAACAUACAUGUAAUAACAUUUCGGGGCGCCCAACAGGGAAUUAUAUUGUCAGGAAUGGCAAAAAUCCCAAAAUAAUCAUUUG